CUUGACUCAACUGUCAGACACUCGCUCACUAAAGAUUUGCUUGAGCGUAUCGGUUUCGACCCUUUCAGCUCAGCAGUUGAAAUCAUAAUGGCUCGCUCACAGGCAGGUAGCAGGGAAAACCACGUUGACGCUUGUGAAUGGGCACAGAUGUUUAUAAAAGACGAAUUUAAGUAUAAUCCUCUGCUGUCUACAAGAAUGUCCAAAUUUCCUUUUCAAAGCAGUAUCACCAAUAAGUGGGUUCCGCUAACGAACAUACCUAAAGAAGAGGUGCAAAGUAACAUCCAGUUGUCCAGCGUCAACAUCAUGAACCUUGUGACCAAGGAAUCCGAUGCGUAUGGCCUAGCUCGUACAGCAGUCAGUGCCUUGAUGCCACAGGACGACAGAAACAUUGCUCUUUAUCAUGGCACAGACCACCAAAGUGCGCGACAAAUUUUGAUUGGGGGAAUAUACUUAAAUGCUGGACGACAAAAGCGAGAUUUCAGUUGUGGAAAGGGAUUUUAUUUAACAACUGAAAUGGAAGAUGCUCUUAACUGGGCAAAACAAACAACAGAGAAGCCAGCCAUUUUAAUCUUUGCAGUCGACCGUACCAAUCUUAGUAAAACCCGUAAACUGAACUUGUACGAAAAUGAAGAAAAAUGGCGAGAAAUAGUAUCGUCCUUUAAAACAGCUACGCGAACCGCGGUUACAAGAGAGAGUGUAAAUCAGUAUGACUUGAUUGAAGGACCGAUGGCCAGAAUGAUACGGGACGAAACCUGUGACGAGUUGGUGUUCCAGCCGAAACCGUUAUCGUAUCAAAUAUGUCUGAUUUCAGAAGUUUUCGCUGAGGAGUUCGAGAAGACUCUCCACUCAGUUGUCUUCUUCGACUUUUCUUAG